CAGCUGGAUUUUCUUGGACGUCUUCGGGUCUCGUGGCCCCGAUACAGUGAGCGCGAGCUGAGUACGCCACGCAUUUCAAAACGAAGCGGUCAAAGCAGCCGCUGCUCAGGAAAAAAACAACACAAGAGACAAGUCGGUUUUUUUUUGCAGGCAAGGCGGCAUUUUUAGGGACUUUUGGGGACCAGGAGGACACGUCGACGGUCCCAGAGUUUCCUUAAGACUUUCUGCCAAACUCGCUGGUCAUCGGAGGCUGAAGCUAAUAAAAGGACACAUCUGUCCCAUCCGCCAGCUUUCAUCUUCAGGGAAAUUAAUCUAUCUGUAGCCAUGCAGAGCUCGGUCACCUGGAGUUAAAUGGUGGUCUGCUACCUGAGAGGAUAUUCCUGGGCUGGUCGAAGAGGAAGGAGAGGAAGGGGAUCUUUCAAGGUGGUCCAUAAUGUCUCUGUGGAUGAUACUGCCUGUCAGUCUCCCAGUCCUGAGCAUCACUGGGAUAUGGGUUGUAUACGCCAUGGCCCUGUACAACCAGCACGUCUGUCCUGUAGAUAACUGGUUGUACAACCAGUCAUGCGAAGCGGAGCUGCAUCUGCAGAGCGGCCCAUCUUUCUGCUGCACGUUAGAUAAUGUGCCUCUCAUCAGUAAAUGCGGGACUCUUCCACCCGAGAGCUGCUUCUUCAGCCUCAUCUGCAGCACGGGCUCGUUCAUGGUUGUGGUGAUUGUGCUGCUUCGCUACGCCCACGUCAUUGAGAAGCAUCAAAACUGUGUUCUCAACACGGCGAGUCUGUCCACAGGCUGGAUCUGUGCCGCUGGACUCAUGAUGGUGGGAAACUUCCAGGUGGAUAAUGCCAAAGUUCUCCACUAUGUCGGAGCAGGCAUCGCCUUUCCCACCAGCAUGCUGUUUGUGAGCCUGCAGUCGGCGCUGACCUACCGACUGGCGAAGACCCAGGGGGAGUACUUCCUGGCCCACCUGCGGCUCUGCAUGACCCUGCUGGCCUUCGUGGGCUUGGUGCUCAGCGGCGUGUUUUUCUGCCAGGAGAGUUUCGUCCUGCAGCACGCGGCGGCCAUCUUUGAGUGGGUGUUCUGCGUCAUCGUCAUGCUGUUUUACGGGACGUUCGCCUUUGAGUUUGCCAGCAUGUCCGGGGACACCAUGGCGGUGCUGGCCCGGGGAGGCACCCUGGCACUGGCUCGGAGAGAACUGAAGCUGGACCCGCUGGUUGGACUGGGAGGACAGUCGCAUCCUCAUCAACCCGAAAUCAUCCUGUCCAUGUAGCCUCCUCCUGAGGCGUCGCCUUCGCUUCCUGUCAAAACUCCUUCGUGUUACGCUUUAAAAGGAAAAACACAGGUGAGAGCAGCAGCUGCAGUACAGCAGAGCGGCUGUAGACCUGCUGCUCGCUCUGUCUCCUGUCUGCAUCAGGAUUUAUGUCACUAAGGAACUUGUUUGCAUUUUGCACAUUGAUCAGGUGUGACAGCCAGCUAACUCGGUUCUGUCUUUAUUGACUAGAAGAAGCAGGUGGGGAGAAUGUACUGGUCAAGCCCAGCCGUAAGCCGCUUCACUUUUCCAGAUUGGACCAUUUCAUGCCCGCCAUGAUGCUUUUUAUUGGACGCAGAGAAAGAGAGGCUGCUGGACAGCCCGGCCGACAGUAUUAGGGUGUUGAAACUGAGGGAAGGAGUACAGAAAUGUUUCACUCAACCGUGGAGAAAGCUCAGUCCAGCACUCUGGAUUUUCUAAUCAUUUAUACCACACUUUAAGCAAUUUAUAUCCAUUAACUUCUUAUUCUCCAAAGAUUUCACCAGUAUUUCCUCUCCAUAUCCUGAUGCGUUUUGUGCUUAAGCCAAAGAUAAGUGGAUGACAAAGCUGAAAAUUCCAGAAUAUUUUUUUUUUUUCUGAGGUUUUUCUUUGACCCAAGUUUGAAUUGUAUUUGAACAUUUGCUGUUUAGGAUGCCAUAUUGGUGCUCUAAUCCUUUACGCAGCUGCACACCUGUGUAUCUAAACCUAUUUUUUAACGUGUCCUCGGUACUCAUGCUCAGAAUACAUGGAUAUUUUAUUUCUGUAUACAAAGUAUACACCUUGUGCCUUACACGGUUAAAUGCAAGAACUGAUUUUAAAUAAGUCUCCUUUUUUACACUUUGUAAAAAGAAAAAGAAAAAAACAACAACCCAUGUUUACUAGAUUGAUAUUUAACCUAAAAUAAUACUGAAUUUAGCUGUUUAUAGAAGAAUAGGAAAAAGAGCGUUCAGUGACCAGACGCGUACAAGCUAAUUCAAGCCAGAGCACUUGGUUUAUUGGGUUUAGGGAAGAGACGUGACACGUGUUUUCAGGUUCUAACAAAGGGCUGCACCCUGUUAUUCCCCGUUAAUGGAAGAGAAGAAUCUCUUUUUUUUGCUGUUUACCUGCUGGUUUUGUCUUUGUAGCGCAGAACAUUACGAGGAAUCCGGCUGAAGCGAGGAGGGGGGGAAAAAAAGGGUUGAAUUUUGCAAAAACUCUGCCUGUUGGUGCUACCCGUCUGCCUUCUGUUUGGCUUUAAUAUUUGAUAUGUUUAUGCAAAAAGACUGUAAGAUUGCUCAUUGACAGAGAGAAGGUCUGUGUGGGUGCCAGAAAAAACGAGAGAAAAAUGCAGUUAGAUAACCCGAAGGAAGCACAGUUACUGUUUGUUUUUUAGAGAUUCAGUGUGGAAACCAGAGAAAGCAGGGGCCUCAGUGCAUUUAUACUGUAGUAGGCUGUUAUCAACCCUGCCUUAAAAUACAAACGGCCUCAUGUCGCCUUAGAGACGCUGUUUUAGAAGCAAAUAUUCCGAGCAGGAAUUGACUUUAAGGCUGAAUGUAAACUUUCAACAGGCCAGAGCUGGAGAGCAGGCGCUGCAACGAGCUGCUAAGCAGGAGCCGCACUGGUCGCCUGCUGCCCUCUGCUGGUCAAGCAGAGUAUAGCAUCAUUUCGUGUUGAGCCCUGGAUCUCAGGUCACAGGCAAAGGUCAAAAAUUGUCUGUCUGUUAACAUUUCUCACGUUUUAUUUUCAAUAGUCACAGGUUAUCAUACCCGAGCACACUGAUCCAGGUUGUAGUCUGUCAAAUCAUCCAGAUUUACACUACUUUUACAAAAUGCAUUUUCCCUCACAUUGCUGGAAAUGUCAAACGGCUAAGUUAUUGGAUGUUGCAGCGCCGAUACAGUGAGUAAAAUAAUUAAUUUAAGUGUUUAAAGACACUUACUUGUUGUUUGUCCCUCACUGAACACUAGUAAACCCCUUUCCCCUGCGCUAGCUCGUCCUCAUUUCACGUCACCACGUCUGCCCUAUUGUCCCGUUUAUGGAUCUGUUGGAUCUUUUGCACUCAGGAAACUCUUCAGACACCAGCUACAACAUUUAACUCGAAGCAGAAUGAAACCUGCUUCUUUCUACCUUCUGUUUUAUUUCGUCAUGCGUAGUAUAGGUGCUGCUUUUUCAGUUGUUGGCUAUGAUAUAAUAGAUUUCUUUUGUAAAUCAAGUCUGUAAUGUAAAAAUAAAGGAUACGUUGCUGUAAUUGUAGCUUUUGAUGCUCAAAAAAAUGUAGUAAAUAUUGCAGGUAAAUCAGCUCCCUCACGCAAUCAGCAGAUCACUGGUGAGAGCAUAUUGACAAGCUAAUAAGUUUCUGUAAGCAUCAUUGAAAUCAAGUAUUCGGUACCCCGUUUAUUAACAAGCAAAAAGUGCACGAUGUGCCUUAUGCCUCAUAACCAUAACCAAAGAGUUGUAGGCUUCAAAUUCUAUUUUUGAUGCAAAGUGAUAUGAUUGUAUCCAUAUUGUAUGCCUUAAUGCUCCAUAAA